CCCCCGACCAAUAGUUGACAAAGCUCAGUAAUUGUGCGAAUCGACCAUUCAAAUGGACUCCCAAUUUCAGGAUCUCUCGCCCGAAGCCCAAAAAUCUCCAGCCCGCGACGCUACCAGCAAGACGUCCGAAGGGUCAUCGGGCCCCUCGCUGACAAGACCCCACCAGCAUAUCCGCAGCUGUCUAUUUUGUCGAUCUCGCAAAAUAAAAUGUGAUCGCCAAAAGCCAUGCGCCAACUGCGUGCGGACGGGGACGGAAUGUGUCUAUCCAUUAGGGCCGGGCAGAGCCCCGAAGCGACCGCGGCGACCACUAGACAAGCGUGUGCUUGACCGGUUGGCGGAUCUAGAGGCGCUCGUGAGGCGCUUGGAUGCUUCUGACGCUGGUAGCCAGCUAGCACACGGCUCACUACCGAAGGCCCCGACCGCAGCCUCGACACCAGAACCGGAAGAUGGAUCGAGUCAGAUAGAACAGCAGUUUGGUCGGCUCGUGAUCGACAACACUCGAAGUUGUUAUGUGAGCAACAUUUUAUGGGCAAAUUUAGGUGACGAGAUUGAAGAGCUCCGCGAUUUGUUAUACGAGGAGGCAUCAGAAGAUGAAGACUUCGAUGCGGCCAGCAUUUCGUCUGUUGCCGACACCACGACAUCACUUGGCUCCAACGCGGCGAUAAUGGGGUUUCAAGCCCUAGCGCAGUCCUUACGGGCGUAUCAUCCGCCACUUUCCCAGUCAGUGGCACUUUUUGAGAUAUUCAAACAUAGUGUCGCCCCUUUGGUGCACAUUUUCCAUAUGCCGACCCUGGUCGCGUCUUAUUGGGAUGCCGUGGCAUCACCUGAAUCACUGGACCGCAACACCGAAGCAUUACUGUUCGCCAUCUACUACUCCACCGUGAUCAGUAUGGAACCACAACAAUGUAAGGAGGUCUUGGGCUUUUCGCGAGCCACGGCGGUCAAACACUAUCAAUUCGCAGUCGAACAGGCCAUGGCUCGCGCCAAUCUCCUCAAUACCCAGAGUGUGGUUUUGAUCCAAGCGGUGGUUCUCUUUCUGUCAGCGCUGCGCAAUGAGGAUGCCUCACGUACUGCCUGGUCUAUGACCGCACUGAUCUUCCACAUCGCCCAGGCCAUGGGUCUGCACAGAGACGGGGCUUCCUUUGGCCUUCGGCCGAUGGAGACGGAGAUACGGCGACGUCUUUGGUGGCAUAUAUGCUUGUUAGAUAUCCGGUCGUCUGAAUAUCACGGCUGCGAGCCCAUCGUGCAUGAGUCAAUGUUCGAUACUCGGAUGCCACUGAAUAUCAACGACAGUGAUCUGACCCCCGACAUGACUGCACCACCUACGGAGCGGGAAGGAUCUACUGAGAUGACCUUUUGCCUCAUUCGAUGUGAGGUCAUGCGGAUUGUGUGGAAGACAGGGUAUGUACCACCCGGUAUGCGACGACCGGGUAAACCAGUAGAGGGGGCGUCUUUACCAGAGCGCGCUGCUUUGGCCAAAGAUCUCCAGCAACGGUUAGAGGAACGCUAUCUGAAACACUGUGAUACCACAAGCCCAUUUUUCCAGGUUUGUGUGACUGUCGCGCGCCUGAUCAUUGCGCGAACGUGGCUAGUGGUCUAUUAUCCCCUUCGACAGAAAGAUGAUGGGCCGACCUUGCCGAGCCCGAUUCGAGAUCAACUGUUCACCAUCUCAAUCAAGGUUCUCGAGCUUUCAUAUGAAUUGCUCACCAGUCCCGCUCUCGCACAAUGGACAUGGCACUCCAAGACGCACGUUCAAUGGCAUGCAGUGGCCUUUGUCCUGUCAGAAAUAUGCUCGCGUCCCCCAUCGCAGGACUGCGAUCGUGCUUGGGACUAUGCCCAAACUGUCUAUAAUCGAUGGAAAAUGAAAGAGCACAAAGGCAACCUCUGGCGGCCCAUUAAGCGACUAAUGGCCAAGGCACAAUACGUACGCGAGAUCCAAAAAAACAAGAAUGCCCCUGCAAAACCACACUGGCGUAUCGCUGGCCAGAAUUCAGUGAUGCCAAAUAACUGCUCUCCGGACGCUCCUACGAGUAGUAGCUCGGGCAUGAGGGGUCCUGUGAGCACUGAGAGUAUCGGUGGUACCACCGGGGGCCUCAUCGAUAUUAAUUGGGCCAUGUCGACGGAGUCCCUUGAACCAUUUUUAGACAACUGGAACAAGGCUGAUUUGCCGGAUCCGGGUGUCGAAUAUGCAUACCCUAUUUGCGCGGACUAUAACAUGGUGAAUUUUGAUGGGAGCCCGAUAGAUAUGACAUUUGGCAUGACUGGGUUGAUACCAUGAAAGCAAUGGUUUACGAAUUGGUCGAGUCUCGGUAACUGGUUAAGGUGAAAUUUAAAUCACUUGUCACAAAAUUACUGUUCCCAUUGUACCUCAAUGCUCAGAAG